AGAAAAGACCAGAAAACCAUCUCAUCGUCAAAAAAAGACCUCCCGGCAUUUGUCCCACCAAAUCUUCCUUUCUUCCGCAUCCACUCAAGUUAACCCUUUCACAACCUAUCUUAGGAUUUGUCGUUUGUGUCUGGUCUAGUAAUUGAAUUUUACCCUUUAUCGUUUCUAGUUGCGCGCCCGGGUCUAUUAUUCACAAUUCCGUCUAUUCGCCCCGCUUCCAAGGCAAGUCGAGGUCAGACGCCUCGAACUUUACCACGGAACAACAAAACCCGUGUUUAGUCGUAUCCGCAUACCCUCCGAAUUCUAUUAGAUUGAAACACCGUUGAUAUCUCAACAUGGCGCGUCGCAGGGACGAGGUCCCAGAAGAGGAGGAUCAGGAGAUGGAGGAAGAGCUUGUAACACUUCAAUUCGACGAACCUCUAUCAUGGCGCGCCGGAAAGCCAAUCGCAACCGGCGAGCUUCUUCGACGUCUCGAGAAGCUCUCUAAGGAAUUAGUUGAUAUGGACCAAGAAACUGUCGAUAAGGACUCCCUAACUCAUGUCGCGAAAGAGCUUGCCUCUCCCAACUUGCUUGCCCAUAGGGAAGCUGGAGUAAAAGCAUUCACUGCAGCAUGUUUAGUAGACAUCUUGAAGCUAUGCGCCCCAGAAGCACCUUUCACACCUAAACAACUUAAGGAGAUAUUCUCUCUCUUUGUCAAAACCAUUCUCCCUGCCCUUUGGGACCCGAGUAACGCAUACAACACACAACAUAAAUACGUCCUUACAUCUCUUGCCGAAGUCAAGAGUAUUCUUCUAAUCAACGAGGUUACCAACGCGGAGGAACUUUUACUUCACCUAUUCUCCUCCUUCUUCGAUGGCAUUUCUGGCUCCUCAAAGGCAGCGUCGGGAGAGCAGGUUGCCAAAGAUGUCGAAUUUCAUAUGACGGAUAUCUUGGUUACUCUAGUCGAAGAGAGUCCUUCGCUACCGCCCCCCGUCCUCGAUGUCAUCAUGGCCCAAUUUCUACGAGCAGCGCCCCCAGGAGGCCGUAAAGAGAAAGCCGAUGCCAAUGGGAAGCAAACGACUCUUCUACCCAAGGAGGAACCAGAGGCGUAUGUGAUGGCGAAGACUGUGUGCAAUUCAUGCCCAGAGAAAAUGGCUCGUUAUGUUGGCCAAUAUUUCAGUGAGGUGAUUAUGGACGUUUCUGGGAACAGUGGUCAUGUCAAUGGACAUAGGGACGAUAAUGAUUCGGAUGAUGACGAUGGCACUACGGGUCCAUCCGACUCGGAAUUCAAGGAGUUGCGGAAGGCUCAUCAGCUGCUAAGGGAACUUUGGAGAGCAGCACCCACAGUGUUACCGAAUGUCAUACCUCAGGUCGAUGCUGAGCUCUCCGCCGACAACAUACAGUUGCGUUUGCUGGCAACUGAGACGUUGGGUGAUAUGAUAGCCGGUAUCGGUGCCGCAGGACCGCCUCCUUCUCCGGAACUUGACCCGGCAGCAUAUCCACCUCUGAAGCUGAGCGAUGAAAUUCCAGAUCAUCCAGCAAUGAGCAUCCUUACUACUCCUAUAUCACCCCUAUCCUUUACUCAGACACAUUCUCAAGCAUUCCAUAAUUUUGUUGGAAGGAAGAACGAUAAGUCGCCUUUAAUUCGUACAGCGUGGACAACAGCUGUAGGUUACAUUGUUUCAACAUCCGCGGGUGGUAUCGGACUCAGCAGAGAAGAUGAAUCAGCAUUCGUCAACGGCCUACGAGAUAAGUUGAAUGACAACGAUGAAAAGGUUAGACUGGCGGCUGUCAAGGCCAUUGAAACCUUUAGCUUUCGUGAUAUCGUCACCAAGCUAGCCGCUGUUGGUGGGGUGAAUAAAGAAGGAUCCGUCUUGUUCACCCUUGCAGACCGUUGUCGAGACAAAAGGCCAUCUAUCCGUGUCGAGGCCAUGGCUCUCCUAGGAAAACUCUGGGCCGUAGGCAGUGGCGAGUUAGCUGCAGGACAAGAGUCGGUAAUUUCUGCCUUAGCGGGCAUCCCUUCCCGCAUAUUCAACACAUUUUACGCCAACGAUCCAGAACUGAACGUGCUACUAGAGCGUGUCGUGUUCGAAUGUCUUAUCCCCCUGUCCUUCCCCCCUCCUCCUAAGGCAAAGGGUUCUAAGCCGUCUAAUGGCAAUUCUCAAUCACAGCCGGCUGUCGAUCCUGGUUAUGACCAAGACAGGAUCCGCGCAGAAAGAAUACUACUACUCGUAAGAGAUCUAGACAACAAUGCCAGGAGAGCAUUCAAUGCAUUGCAGGCACGACAGCCCCAAUUCUCGAAAGUAUUUGAGAAUUUGGUUCGUCAAUGCGACGCUUUCAACGGAGGAAACCCUGAGGGAAAUGCAGAUAGGAUCAAUCAAAACCUCAAGAAGACGAUCCAAUACCUAUGCCAAUUCCUUCCCGACGCGGUCAAGGUUGAGGCAGAUCUGCAUAACUUUGCCAACUGGCAUGACCGUCGUUGUUAUCAACUCAUCAGGUUCGUGGUCUCCGCAGAGAGCGAUUUCAAGACGAUGCAUAGAGCUGUCAAAGAGUUUGUCAAAAGGAUACAGGGCUCCCCAAAGCCUCACAUGUUGGAGACCUUGUUACCUCUUAUAUAUCGUUCUGCCUACAUCGUGUUGAAUAAGAGUCAUCUCUCGACCUAUAUGGACUGUUCCAAGAGCGACAAAGACGGGCUUGGAGCCGCUGCACAGGAGAUUACAACUGAAAUCUCCCAAAACAAUCCAGAUCUGUUCAAGACGCAUGUCGGACAGCUUUGCAAGGAUUUGGUAGAUGGUGCACCAACUGCGGAUAAACCUAACGAGGCUGCCAUGGUCGAGACGCUCAGAGCCUGCUCUUCUUAUUCAAAGAAAUAUCCCAAGGAGCUUCCAGAUGACCGCAAAUUUACACAGGCACUGAUAGGCUAUUCUUUACAUGGAGAGCCAGCCAAGGCUGCGAAAUACGCUGUCAAUGUCAUGAUGGCUAGAAAAGACGAUAAAAGUAUGGUAUCGGCAACGGACCUAUUGCAAAGGAUUCUAAAAGGUUGGAACUACGAGUCGCCUCACUUCUUAACCAAGCUCGCAGCAAUCAGCCAGCUCGAACUUCUAGCGUCCAAGGUGACCGCUGAUGCCAAUGAAAAAAUUAACGAAACCACGUUGGAAGUUGUCUUAUUCAAAGUUCGCACAGAUGCUAAAGAGUCGGAUCCAGAGUGGGUUGCCGAUUCCGAGCUCGACGAAGAAGGCCAGGUGAAGUGCUGGGCACUUAAGCUAGUAAUCAAUCGACUCCGAGGCAUGCAGGAUCUAGAAGAGGCGAAGGAACUGGCUAAACCAGUAUUCAAGUUACUGAGAAAUAUUUUGAAGCAAUCAGGCGAACUAUGCAAGAUAAAGGACACGCCUAAAUACCACAAAGCUCGCUUACGACUGCUUGCUGGGCAGCUCUUCCUGAAGCUUUGUACCUUGAAACACUUCGAAGAAAUCUUCUCACACUCUGACUACAACCAGCUUGCCUUCCUUACGCAAGACCCAACCGCCAUGGUUCGUCGACUUUUUGUCGAAAAACUCCAGAAAUAUCUGGUACAAAACAAGCUACGGCCCAGAUUUUACACGAUGAUCUUUUUGACAGCGUUCGAACCAGAUGUCUCCUUCAAGAAUCAAGUCGAGACGUGGAUACGAUCUAGGGCGCGCUUCUUCCGAGAUGCUAAGCAAAACGUCAUGGAGGCAACGAUGGGCAGGCUGAUCUCCCUCCUAGCGCACCACCCAGACUAUAGCACAGAAGUAGACGACUUGAUAGACCAUGCCAGAUAUCUGCUUUACUAUAUUAGCAACGUUACUACGGAAGCUAAUUUCGGUAUGAUAUUCAAGUAUGCCGAACGUGUGAAGCAGACUAGGGAUGGUAUAACCCCAGCAGAGAGCGAAAGACUCUAUGUAGUGAGCGAUUUGGCCCAGAACCUCCUACGAAGAUGGCAAGAGAAGAGGAACUGGAUUUUCCAGGCAUACGCCGGUAAGGUUGGCUUACCUAUGGGAUUGUAUACGGCACUCCCUAGUCAUGACGUGGCACAAGAGAUUGCAGCGAAGCAGUAUCUUCCGGAAGGGCUUGAGUCACAGUUGGAUGAUCUACUGAGAUCCGUGGAUAAGAAGAAGAAACGCAGGACUGCCGACGAACGAGCCGAGGGGCAACCUGCCCAGAAGAAGGUCAGAACGACAGUGCCCAAAGCUUCCACGAAAGUGAAAACACCCAAGGCUGCAAAGGCUUCGAAGAGGCCUGCUGUCAAGCCAAUGAAGACUUCGUCAAGAUCCAAGAAGGCUUCUUCGUCCUCCCCAGCUCAGGAUUCUGCAGAUCGUAGACGUAGCGGUCGUUCUAAGAAGAACUCAUCCUACAUCGAACGAGACUCUUCAGAAGACGACGAGGAUAUGCUAGAGGGCGUAGCGGAGUGGGACUAUUAUGAUGAUGAUGGUAACCGUAUGCGAGAGGACGAUGCCGACUCCUCAGAACUAUCUGAACCUGAGGAUGAUCCCGCACCCGCAGACGAGAAGGAUGAAGUAGAAGCGGAGGCGGAGGUGGAGGCGGAAGCAGAGGCACCUGAAGAAAGAGAAAGCGAGCUAAGCGAUGUUGAGGAAGAUGAGGAGGAAGAGGCACCAGCCCCCCCGGCAUCUCCCCCUAAGUCAAAUGGACGAAAACGUCGCGCGGCCACCUCUCCCCCGAAGGCGAAGACCCUACCUUCAAGACCUGCGGUUAAGCCAAGUGCGGCUAAGGGCAAAUCUUCCGCUGCUAGCAAGGCAAAGACGAAGCCACCUCCAAAAGCACGAGCUGCUAGUACACGCUCUACUAGAUCUAGACGUGCAGCGUUGGAGGAUCAGGACGAGGACGGAAACUCGGAGUAAAAUAGCAAGCCCUAUACUCCUUCUUAUACCCUAGUCUCGUACCUGGAGAGAAUACCAAAAUUUCUUCACUAUCGUGCAUCAUUUGGUGGUUUAGAUUUGUCCGUGACUUGGAAUUGAAAUGCUCAGGAAAUGGGAGUUAA